AUGGGAGAAGCAAAAUCCACGACAGUGCUCGUUGUAGGCGCGGGUCCCGUAGGCCUACUGACAGCUCUGAUGCUCGCCCAAGGCGGAAUCGAUGUCGAUGUUAUAGAUUCCGCCACGGAGAUCGACCCACGUCCUCGAGGUAUUGCUUAUGGACCUCCCGCAGUCAGAGUGUUACGGCGUGCUGGAGUUUUGGAUAGAGCUCUUGAGAGAGGAGCUGAAGGCAAGAGAUUGAUCUGGAGGGAGUUGAAUGGAAAGAAGAUCACCGAAAUCGAUUUUACUAGUGACCCAACGUUCGUUGACCGGUCAAUCAUCUUGCCUGUCCAUCUUCUGGCCGGUUUGUUGUAUGAAGAGCUCACCAAACUGGACAACGCCAAAGUCCACUGGGGCUGCAAAUACGUUGGCCACACUCAAGAUGAUAGUCAUGUACUGGUAGAAGCUGAACGCAAUGGCAAGACGGAGAAGUUUGACGUGGACUUCAUGGUUGGAUGUGACGGUGGCCGCAGCAGCGUCCGGAGAGCAUUAUUCAACGACUCAUUCCCAGGCAAGACUUGGGAUGUGCAGAUUAUCCGUUACGAUGGUUUCGACAAGGCUGGAUGGUCAGAUACACAAUGGAUCGUUGAUACCGAGCACUGGGGUAUGGCUUGCAAGAUUGACGAUACGGGGUUAUGGCGAUUUGGCUAUGGCGAGCGUGUUGCACUCGAUGAGAAGGACCUCAAAGCGGGCAUCGCUGCGAAACUUAAGGUCCUCUUGCCGGGUGCACCAGAAGAAGGAGAGUAUGAAGUGCUCAGGUGGAGUCCCUUCGUGAUGAACAAUCGAUGCGUGGGCAAGAUGCAUGUUGGGCGCGUUCUUCUUGCUGGAGAUGCGGCCCAUCUGUGCAAUCCAAUGGGCGGCCUUGGUCUGACUGGAGGCAUUUCGGACGUUGGGAGCCUCGUCGAUGCUCUACAAGGAAUCCACGAAGGAAGGGCCAGUUUAAAAAUCCUCGAGAUCUACGAUCAGACCAGGAGAGAAAUAUUCCACAAGUUCAUCGAUCCUGUCUCCUCAGCCAACCUAGAGCGGAUAUGGAUUGAUGGAUCAACAGCUUUAGAGAAAGACCCUGCUCUACAAUUUAUGCACACGGCUUCUCAAGAUCCGGCCAAGCUGGCCCACCUUAUCCGCGCGCAGGAUGUAUUGACGGCAGAUCUGACAAAACACUAUGACCUGUGA